AUGUACGCCCUACGCCCUACAGGGCCCCAAACUGUCCAUGUACGCCCUACGCCCUACAGGGCCCCAAACUGUCCAUGUUCCGCCCUACGCCCUGCAGGGCCUCAAACUGUCCAUGUUCCGCCCUACGCCCUGCAGGGCCUCAAACUGUCCAUGUUCCGCCCUACGCCCUACAGGGCCCCAAACUGCCCAGGUUGUGCCCUACGCCCUACAGGGCCUCAAGCUGUCCAUGUUACACCCUACGCCCUACAGGGCCUCAAAAUGUCCAUGUUACGCCCUACGCCCAACAGGGCCUCAACCUGUCCAUCUUACGCCCUACGCCCUACAGGGCCCCAAACUGUCCAUGUACGCCCUACGCCCUACAGGGCCGCAAACUGUCCAUGUUACGCCCUACCCCCUACAGGGCCUCAAACUGUCCCUGUUACGCCCUACGCCCUACAGGGCCCCAAACUGUCCAUGUACGCCCUACGCCCUACAGGGCCCCAAACUGUCCAUGUUACGCCCUACCCCCUACAGGGCCUCAAACUGUCCAUGUUGCGCCCUACCCCCAACAGUGCCUCAAACUGUCCAUGUUACGCCCUACGCCCUACAGUGCCUCAAACUGUCCAUGUUGCGCCCUACGCCCAAGAGGGCCUCAAACUGUCCAUGUUACGCCCUACACCCUACAGGGCCUCAAACUGUCCAUGUGACGCCCUACGCCCUACAGGGCCUCAACUGUCCAUGUUACUCCCUACGCCCUACAGGGCCUCAAACUGGCCAUGUUACACCCUACGCCCUACAGGGCCUCAAACUGUCAAUGUUACGCCCUACGCCCUACAGUGCCUCAAACUGGCCAUGUUACGCCCUACGCCCUACAGUGCCUCAAACUGGCCAUGUUACGCCCUACGCCCACCAGGGCCUCAAACUGUCCAUGUUGCGCCCUACGCCCAAGAGGGCCUCAAACUGUCCAUGUUACGCCAUACGACCUACAUGGCCUCAAACUUUACAUGUGACGCCCUACGCCCUACAGGGCCUCAAAAUGUCCAUGUUACGCCCUACGCCCAACAGGGCCUCAAACUGUCCAUGUUCCGCCCUACGCCCUACAGGGCCCCAAACUGUCCAUGUUCCGCCCUACGCCCUACAGGGCCCCAAACUGCCCAGGUUGUGCCCUACGCCCUACAGGGCCUCAAGCUGUCCAUGUUACGCCCUACGCCCUACAGGGCCUCGAUCAGAUCAUUCUCUCACAGAUCUGGAGUGGUCAGUUUUUUGCUGUGGAUAGCGCACUCGCCUUUCACCAAGAUGGCCGAAUUCAACGCUGCACUCAUAGGAUUUAUAGGAAUCACGGAAUCAAAACAUCAAACGGAACAAAACUUGAAAAACAGUGUUCACUACCUUAAGUAUAUCUGUCCUUAA